GAAGUGUGACCAUGUCUGCUGCUGUGAAGCUGCUUUCUUUAGGGUGCUUCUUGCUGCCGUUCUCUGAUGGGAAACUGGAUUACGAGUCUUGGGGAGACGGGAUGCAGCUGCAGGGCGACUUCUCUCUCGCCGGAUUCUUUCCUCUCCACCAAACGGCUGCAGCCAGUGCUGGUUUGCCUGCAGUGGGUCCAUGCAAUGCAGGGACUCCCACACAACACGGCUUUCACCUGAUGCAGGCCAUGAGGUUCACAGUGGAGGAGAUCAACAACAGCACUGCGCUCUUACCCGGCGUGAAGCUGGGCUACCAGAUGUACGACAUCUGCAGCGAACCAGCAAGCAUCCUGGCCACACUGGACCUCCUGAGCCAACAGCAGCAGAGCUUCUCAGAAGACCGCAACUCAAACCAGGGUCAGAGGUCAGUGGCUAUCAUCGGGCCGGACAGCAGCAGCAAAUCUUUCCCCCCUGCAGCCUUGCUCGGGGCCUACCUUGUACCGCAGAUUUCUUAUGAAGCAACAACUGAACAGCUGAGCAACAAGUUCCUCUAUCCAUCCUUUUUCCGGACAAUUCCCAGUGACAAGAACCAGGUAACGGCUAUGAUUCAGCUCCUGCUACGUUUCAACUGGACCUGGAUCGCCAUCAUAGCCAGCGACAAUGCCUAUGGGAUUGAUGCAAUGCAGAGUUUGUCCCAACAGGCGCCACUGCACAGCAUCUGCAUCGCAUUCCAAGGGCUCCUCUCCAGCGACCAGGAUCCCUCCGUCUCCAAGCAGAUGGUGAAAAACAUCCUGAAAACCAAAGUCACCACCAUCAUUAUCUUUGCCUCCAGGACACAAGUCCCCAAUUUCUUUGCAGCUGUCAUUGAGCAGAACGUGACGGAUAAGGUGUGGCUUGCGUCCGAGGACUGGUCGCUUUCUUCUGUUGUUUCGGGUGUGCCCGGGGUUCAUACCAUCGGCACCGUUCUCGGCAUAUCCAUCAAAAACAAAUCUCUGCCUGGUUUUGAGGAGUUUGAGAGGAGGUCAUUUGAGACUUCAAUGCAACACAGCAACACACAGGAAGUCUGGAAUGGAACCAAGGACAGGGAGAACGAGUGUCUUCACAGCACCGACCUGUACAGUCUUGUCAGACUCAAACUUCCUUUGUACGACUACGAUGUCACGUCCUCUUUCAACGUCUAUAAAGCUGUGUACGCUGUGGCUCAUGCGCUGCACCAGGUGCUUGGCUGUGAUUCUGAGAGGUGUGAAAAAAGGAGUGUGCAGCCGUGGCAGCUCCUGCCGUGGAUCAAACAGGUGAGAUUCCCUCUCGGAAAUAUGCUGGUGUACUUUGAUGAAUCCGGAAAUCCGCCAGCGGAAUAUGACAUCGUGACCUGGUUUUGGAGGGGGACCCAGUGGUCCUUCAGAGUGGUGGGUCUGUACAGAGGACCCAUGAUGCUGACCGUGGACGCUGAGCAGGUUGAUUGGCGAGGCUCUGGAGACGUGCCACUUUCCAUCUGUUCUCCAGCUUGUCUACCGGGACAUGAGCAGAUCCCGUCAGGACCGCACACAUGCUGCUUCGACUGCCAGGCCUGUCCCACCAACACCUUCCUCAACAAAAGCCACCCCACAGCAUGCCAGCCGUGCCCGAAGGAGUUGUGGUCGCCACCGCGCAGCGAGCACUGUUUGAAGCGCACCGUCCUGCUGCUGGCUUGGGAUGCCCCGUUCUCCAAGGCGCUGCUCUUCUUCAUGGCCGUCUGUCUCCUCAUGACCUCUGGCUCGGCAGUCAUCCUUCUGCUCAACCUGAACACACCCGUGUCCAAGUCUGCUGGCGGACAUACCUGCCUACUGAUGCUGGCAGCCCUGACCGCCGCCGCCGCCAGUUCUCUGUGCCAUUUUGGCCCACCGUCUCCUCUGGCUUGCGUCCUCAAACAGCCUCUGUUCAUCUUCAGCUUCACCGUGUGUCUGGCAUGCAUCACUGUACGCUCCUUCCAGGUCGUCUGCAUCUUUAAAUUCGCCUCCAAGCUGCCUCCGGCCUACGACAAGUGGGCCAAGAAGCGCGGUCCGGAGUUCACCAUCCUCCUCCUGUCAGCCUCCAUCCUGCUGAUCUCUGUCCUCCGCGUGACCCUUGACCCUCCCCAGCCGUCCCAGGAUCUGGACUUCUACUUGGACAGCGUGGUGCUGGAGUGCAGUAAGACCAUUUCGGCGGGUUCAGGGCUGGAGCUGGUGUAUGUGGCAGUGCUCAGCAUGGUUUGCUUCACCUUCAGCUACAUGGGCAAAGACCUGCCGGCCAACUACAACGAGGCCAAGUGCAUCACCUUCAGCCUCAUGGUCUACAUGAUCUCCUGGAUCAGCUUCUUCACCAUCUACCUGGUCAGCAGGGACCCGUUCACCAUGGCCGCUCAGGUGUUCGCCACACUGCUCAGCGUGCUGGCGUUCCUCGGCGGCUACUUCCUGCCCAAAAUAUAUAUUAUUGUCCUGAAGCCACAGAUGAACACAACUGCACACUUCCAGAACUGCAUUCAGAUGUACACCAUGAACAAACAGUGAGGGUCACCAAGGAGCUACAGAGGAAAAGAAGAGUUACACUCUGAUAUCAUUUAACACCAAGAUUUAACACUUCAAUGGGAACUGAACUACAGGGGUCGCUGGCCUUACCUCUGGAGGUCGGCAACCUCAACUCUGGAGGUCACCUGCAUGUUUUCCACGUGUCCCUGCUGCACUCACAGCUGAUUAGUCAGGGCUGGUGUUUCCUCACUCCUGAUUGGCAGAGCACACCUGACUGAGUUAAUUAGCAGUGAGCUGAGUUGCAGGGGUCGUGACCCUGCUGUAUUGGACGAGUUCUCAUUAAAGUGGAUUCUUCUGCCAGUCUGAAGAGACGCUCCAACAAUUGAUAUUAUUCCUGACAAAUUGCAGCUUUUGCUCUUUUUUAAAAUUUAUUUUAAUAAAAUGCAUUUGAGUAACACAUUCUUUCACUUAGAUACAAAAAUACAUAUUUGACCAGUUUCUGUGAAUUUGCUGAUCUACUUAUUUGGACCUGUUGUAAACCAGCCGUCACUUUUUUCAUAGGAAUUGUGAAAUGAAUUUUUAUUAGCACAUCUCUUCACAUUUAAAGGGAUUAAUGGAACAUUUCUGUGUUUUUCUCCUCUUUUUCCAGAUCUGCAAACAGAUUUUUUUUUUCCUAUUUAAAAAAUAACUAUGCUGGAGUUUUUGUGAUACUGACUGGCCCACUUUCUCCAGAUAAAACCCACAUUUUUCACAAUCAUUAAUCAAAAUUUCUGUAUUAGUCUGUGAGUAAUCCUCAAAAAAUAAAGCAACAAAUAGAUAUAGAAAAAGG